CUCACGCUGCCUGGGGAGUAAGGCGCCACAAAAUCCAAACAGAGGCAACUUUUAACUCAAGUGGAGACCUCAGCCUGGCGUCCACACUGAUAUGAGACAGGGUCGAUAAGUAUUUUAGUAUCACAGACUUUCCACGACGUCGUGACUUUGUUUUUACUCCGUCAAAAAAGUGGUAUCCUUUUAUGGGCGCGCGACUGUUAAGGAAAAUGAACUCAGUGGACAGGUGCGUUGACAAGUCAAUUAAAAGGUACGCUUUCUUUUGACGUCGCUUCUUUAAAUUGGUGUCUUUGCUUUGAAAUUGGUGGUGUAAGCUGAUAAAAUGGAGAAAAAUUAUUUGGCUUGUGAAAGCGGCGAAAGUGAGUCGUCGUCCGGUUCUACCACCUUGUCCGAGGGAGAGGAAGAAAUGACGCCUGCCCGCUUACUGGACAUCAAAGUUUCUGGAGAUGGAGAUGAUGAACACAACUCGGACUGUGAAAGUGUCAACGAAGUAGAGGACGACAAGGACACACCGAGGGAUGAAGGAAGUGAGGAAGACGAAGACGAAAAGUUGGACAACAUCCUUUACCCUCCCUCAACGUACCUCAGGAAGUCCAGUAACCCAGAGUUGAGUCAUGGAUUAAGUCCUGCCCUCAAAUUUAAGCGACACCUCAGUGAGGAUGGAAAACACAUUCGGAGACGGAGCCUCGGGGGUGGUCUCACAGGAAAGUACCUUCUGCUACCCACCAACCCCCAGCAGGCACAGGCAGCAUUGCAGCCGUCAUCUGAGAUCUCUAACCUGGUCCGUAUGUGUUCCCUGAACCUUGGAAAGUCGGACCCCUCCCUCACCUCAAGCCUGAAAGAGCUGAGUCUUCCUAGAAGAGGCAGUUUCUGCAGAACGAGCAACAGAAAAAGCCUGAUAGGAAGCGGUCAGUCUUCAGGUUUACCCCGACCUCAUUCUCCCCUCUCAUCUCUAACAGGAACAAGCCCACAAGACAGUCCUAGAAAUUUCUCUCCCAGUGCCUCUGCUCAUUUCUCCUUUGCACGAAGUCAUUGCCACAGAGCAGACAGGACUGAUGGUCGCCGCUGGUCAUUGGCCUCCCUGCCGUCCUCUGGAUAUGGAACCAACACGCCCAGCUCCACUGUCUCUUCAUCCUGUUCAUCACAGGAGAAGCUGCACCAGCUGCCCUUCCAGCCUACGCCUGACGAACUGCACUUCCUCUCCAAGCACUUCUGCACUGAGAGCAUCUCCGGGGAUGAAUGCCGCAGAGCUACAACCAUGCGACCCCGCUCACGAAGUCUCAGCCCUGGAAGGUCUCCAUCAUGUUACGACCAUGAGAUUAUCAUGAUGAAUCACGUCUACAAGGAGCGGUUUCCAAGGGCUACAGCUCAGAUGGAGGAGAAGAUUCAGGACAUAAUCCGCAGCAACUCUCCAGAGAGCGUCCUCCCUUUGGCAGAUGGUGUGCUCGGCUUUGCCCACCACCAGAUAAUUGAACUGGCCCGUGACUGUCUAGAGAAGAGCCGGCUAGGACUCAUCACCUCCAGCUACUUCUGCGAGCUCACUGACAAGCUGGAGAGGCUUGUUCAGGAGUCCACAGAGAGAUCAGAAAGCGAGGAAGUAAACUUCAUCAGAGAGCUGGUGAAGAAGAUCCUCAUCAUCAUUGCCCGACCUGCUCGACUGCUGGAAUGUCUGGAGUUUGACCCAGAAGAAUUUUACCACCUUUUGGAGGCUGCUGAAGGACAUGCUAAAGAGGGCCAGGGCAUCAAAACAGACAUCCCCCGUUACAUCAUCAGCCAGCUGGGACUCACAAGAGAUCCUCUGGAAGAAAUCGCUCAGCUGACCAGCUGUGACAGUGGGAUUGCAGAAACACCAGAAACAGAUGACUCUUCUCAGAGCCUCAGCACAGCCUUGAGGUGCCGGCGUAAACCUUGUGAAUUGGACUUCGAGAUGACAAAACUCAUCAGCAAUGGUGCCUACGGAGCUGUUUAUCUGGUUCGGCACAAGGAGACGAAGCAGCGGUUUGCCAUGAAAAAGAUCAACAAGCAGAACCUGAUGUUGAGGAAUCAGAUACAGCAGGCCUUUGUGGAGAGAGACAUCCUUACCUUUGCUGAAAACCCUUUUGUGGUGUCCAUGUACUGCUCCUUUGAGACGCGGCGGCACCUGUGUAUGGUCAUGGAGUAUGUUGAAGGUGGAGACUGUGCCACCCUUUUGAAAAACAUGGGCCCCCUGCCUGUGGAUAUGGCCAGGAUGUACUUUGCAGAGACAGUGCUGGCUCUGGAAUAUCUCCACAACUAUGGCAUUGUCCACAGGGACCUCAAACCAGACAAUUUGCUGGUUACAUCUAUGGGACACAUUAAGCUGACAGAUUUUGGGUUAUCCAAAGUUGGGCUGAUGAACAUGACCACUAACCUGUACGAGGGACAUAUAGAGAAAGAUGCCAGGGAGUUCUCUGAUAAGCAGGUAUGUGGAACCCCAGAGUAUAUUGCACCAGAGGUCAUUCUGAGACAAGGCUAUGGAAAGCCGGUGGACUGGUGGGCAAUGGGCAUCAUCCUCUACGAGUUCCUUGUGGGCUGUGUGCCUUUUUUUGGAGACACACCAGAGGAGCUGUUCGGACAAGUUAUCAGUGACGAGAUCAACUGGCCUGAGGGAGAAGACGCCCCACCUCUUGACUCUCAGGAGCUCAUCACCUUGCUCCUUCGACAGAAUCCUCUGGAAAGGAUGGGCACAGGUGGAGCUGCUGAAGUGAAGCAGCAUCCAUUUUUCCACAACCUGGACUGGAACGGUCUGCUGAGACAGAAGGCUGAGUUUAUUCCACAGCUGGAGUCAGAAGAUGACACCAGCUACUUUGACACUCGCUCCGAGAGAUACCAUCACCUGGAGACAGAGGAAGACGAUACGAAUGAUGAAGACUUCAAUGUGGAGCUGCGGCAGUUCUCCUCUUGUUCUCACAGAUUCUCAAAGGUUUACAGCAGCCUGGAUUUGUCCCGUGGGCACCUGGAGGAGAAGGGAGAGACGGAGGGGAAGAAGAGCGAGAGCCCACUGACUGUUGACUCUCUCAGCUGGACGCCAGACUUUGCUGAAAUGCCGUCGCUGUCCCAUUCGACAGACACAGACAGCGUGAAUCAGGGCCCUCGCCCCAACUUGUUACCAAAGUUUGCCAUCUCAGCAGAGAGCGAAGGAGACGAGACCUCAGGCCUCGGUGACCCGAGCAAGACCUCCUUCUCCACGGGAGAGCUCCCACAGGAUGAGCCUGACGCUACUACUCCAGGGAGCACCCACAGUGGAGCCACGCUCUCUGGAAGUUUCUCAGAACAUCUGGACCAGUUGACACCUCGAGGUGAAGGGGUUGAGAGCCCCGACAGUACCAGCCACACCUCCGCAGACCAGGGGGCUCAGACCAACUCUCUGCGUCCUGAGAGCGCUGCAGAGAAGACUGGAGCUGUAGCAAAAGUCCCAAAGUCUGUCUCAACUGGCGCCCUGUCCCUCAUGAUCCCUGGGGAUGUCUUCGGGGUGUCUCCGCUGGCCAGCCCCCUGUCUCCUUACUCCCUCUCCUCAGACCCUUCCUCAAGAGACUCCUCUCCUAGCCGAGACUCAUCUCUCUGUACUACCAACCCACGACAGCCUGUCGUCAUCCACAGCUCAGGGAAGAAGUUCGGCUUCACACUGAGGGCAAUCAGGGUGUACUCUUGUGAUGGUGACAUCUACACUGUCUACCAUAUGGUCUGGAAUGUAGAAGAUGGUGGGCCAGCACAUAAAGCAGGACUCAAAGCUGGAGACCUCAUUACUCAUGUGAACGGGGAACCAGUUCACGGUCUUGUCCACACUGAAGUGGUGGAGCUCCUGCUCAAGAGUGGCAGCAAAGUGGCCAUCUCAACAACGCCUUUUGAAAAUACUUCCAUAAAAACUGGUCCAGCCAGGAGGAACAGCUACAGGAGCAAGAUGGUGAGAUGUGCCAAAAAGCCCAAGAAGGAGAAGACACCAGAAAGGCGACGCUCCCUUUUCAGGCGUUUUGCCAUGCAGCCCUCUCCUCUCCUGCACACGAGCCGCAGUUUCUCCUCCCUCAACCACUCUCUGUCAUCUGGUGAGAGUCUCCCUGGCUCCCCCACCCACAGUCUCUCCCCUCGUUCCCCCACUGCUGCCUUCCGCCCCACACCAGACUUCACCCAGUCAGGUGGCAACUCCUCCCAGAGUAGCUCUCCCAGCUCCAGCGCUCCAAACUCCCCCGCAGGCUCCGGCCACAUUCGUCCUAGUACCCUCCACGGCCUCGGCCCCAAACUACCAGGUCAAAGGCUGCGUCAGGGGCGCCGCAAGUCUGCCGGCAGCAUUCCCCUCUCUCCUUUGGCUCGUACACCUUCACCUACACCCCAGCCAACAUCACCUCAGCGCUCACCCUCUCCCCUUCUCAGUGGGCAUCCUGUUGCCAUUUCCAAGACAACCCAAGCCUUCCCCGCCAAGAUACAUUCUCCACCCACAAUUGUACGGCAUAUUGUGCGCCCGAAAAGUGCUGAGCCACCUCGCUCACCCCUCCUAAAACGUGUCCAGUCUGAGGAGAAGCUGUCCCCCUCUUACACUGGAGAUAAGAAGCACCUGUGUCCCAGGAAACACAGCCUGGAGGUGACCCAAGAGGAGGUGCAGGAUGAGGAGCUGAAGCCUGGGGAGCGGGAUUACACCAUCUUGCAGAGUGUGGAAGAAACAGCCUGUGAGCCGCUGGCAAUCACCCGUGUUCGACCUGUUGAGCAGGGCUGCUUAAAGAGGCCUGUCAGUCGCAAGAUGAGCCGGCAGGAGUCCGUUGAGGAGCUUGACAAGGAAAAGCUGAAGUCCAAGAUGGUUGCAAAAAGACAGGACUGGUCAGAGAGGAGGGAGUCUCUACAGAAGCAAGACGCCCUGCGUGAAUGUGACUCAUCCCCUUUGUGUGGGGAUGACAGGGAUGAAAGUUUUCUGGUUCGAGGCCAAAAUAAAACCCAGAACAGCCCAGACUCUGGCCCGCUGGAGGCCAAAGCUGUUAGCACAACCCUUAAAGACGUGCUGUAUAAGAAACUCACCACACGUGUCUCUGAGGGCCUCGCUGAAACACCUGGUGGCUGCAGUGAAAGUGAUGGAGGACUCAGAUCAGCUCUCUGCUCUAUUCACCCUGAGUGGCAGCACUCCAGACAGGGUAAAGAUAACGUGAAGCCAGACAGAUUGGACUUCAAAGCUCCCAACAUCGAGUUCACCAGGAAGAGGCUGUCGUUUGAAGAACGAGAAGACUGCAUGUGUCGGUUGUCCACCGGCAUCCACGAGAACCUCCACUUUGGCUCCACUAGGUCCAAAAGCCUCCAGCUGGACACGGCCAUGUCUCAUGACCACAUGAAGGCAGGACUGGGAAGUGUCCACUCCAGCCCCGAGGGACUGUCCCCCAAGCUUUUCUCUGGCAGAGGAGAGAGCGCUGUGGAAAAACUCCAGCUCAUUUCCUCCGCAGAGUCCCCACUUAGAAAGACGUCAUCUGAAUAUAAACUUGAAGGACGCCACGUCUCCUCUCUCAAACCUCUGGAGGGCACUCUGGAUAUUGGUCUGCUCUCAGGACCCAGAGUCUCCAAAACAGAAACCUGUUUAUCCAAGAUGGCAGAGAACACAAGCGACACUGUUUCUCUGAGUACUCCAAUUUGGCUCCAGACCCCUGCUGAGAGACAAAUAACCAUCCCCCAACUGAAAACUGCAGACAAGCUGAAGAGCCCCCUGACCUGUUCCCUGAGCCCAGAAGCUGUUUCCUCAUUAAAUAACAUGGUUGCAUCUAAAGAUCAGUUAAAUCAUACAGCCACAGAGGUGAAAAUCAGUUCAAGUGGUGAGAGAACACAGGACAGAUAUAGUGAAUCAUUAAAGGCUCAAAGCAGCAAAGUGGAGGUCUCGAGCUUUACUGUUAAACCAGAGAGCAGGACGGGGAUGAAGUCCAGUUCAUCACUGGCUCAUGAACACAGAGGCCCUCGACACAGCUCCCACUUCUCCUCCUGUGGAAAAACACCCUCCAUACGGGAAGUCAGCAAUGAAGAUCAGGAGGAUGAAGUGGAGCAGCAGGAAGUCACGCCACACACUACAUCACAAAGUACCGACAGCUCCAGGACAGUAGUCUCUUUGACUUCAGCAAAGCUGGAGGUAGACAUAAAAGCUGUGGAGAGUCUGCCUGCAGCUGCCAGCGGGCCAUUACCUGUGUCGCUGAAGCAGAGUGUAAACUGUGGUUUGGAUACAGGUCAGCGUCAGAGUUGUGAGAAAAAAGCAGCUCCUGCACAGAACUCAAACAUGACCUCUGCUACUGAGGUGAAUGUACAGAACAACUCUGCAUCUGUACGCCUUCCAGAGAAUGUGCUUUCAAAACAGCAGAACAUCUGCUCUUCAAAUACAGAAGCAGAGGUUUCUGUCACAACAUCAGCAUCUGGUCUUAUGCACAAAGAGAAAACCUGCAGUUUAAAAUCAGAGGGUCAGGACUGCUCACAAAGAUCUGUCAGUAAGGACAACGAACAAUCUAACAGAUCAGUUGUAAAAUCGGUGGCUGAUACAGGCAGCUCAGGCUCCAAGAAGGACGCAAACAUGUGUGUUGCAGUUGCAAAAGUGGAGCAGAAGAGAGGCGUUUCUCCAGUAAACAUGGUCACCUCUUUAAAUAAUGUUACACUGGGCUUAAAUAAAAAAGAUAACACUGUUGGUGCAAUAGAGAGUAGUAGCAUGUUGCCGCAGAAGAAAGAGGAUCUCAUUUCACCAAAGACAAAGAAUAAAGAUUCAGAGCAGCUAUUAAAAAACUCUCCAGCUGAAAAAGCACAAUGCAGAUCACCUGAUUCAGUAUACUGCACCUCUAAAAAAGAAGAAAGUGUUCUCUCUGUGACAGAAAAUGCUGCAAAACAGAAAUGUUCAGCUUCAGCAGCUGCAAAUGAAAGUGUUUCAGUUCCCAAAAGUAAGUCAAGGCCUGACCCGCAGCCUGUACCACACACUGCUGUGAAGACAGAGACAAAAACAUCUCCCAGUCCAGCUCCUUCUGUCUCAGCAGUCAAAGGCAGUCCAAAUUCAAAACAGAGAGAUCUGUCUAAAGAAUCUGCGCUCUCAACUUCAAACAUUCAAGUAACCCGCGACUCUAAACCGUCAUCUAAGCAGGAGGAAUCACUGCAGCUGACGCAUUCUCCAACUGUUGCUGAAGUGAAGCAAAGAGAAACCCAGCCUAAAAGUUCCGUAGCAACUUCAACUCAUAUAAUGAAAGAAAACACUGACGCAAAGCCAAAAUCUCUCCCUCCUAAAACUGUCACUUCAGCGCCAAUCCUAAAAAUCUCAGUAGCUCCAGCCCCAGCUAUUAAACCUGAUGCCAAACAUAAAGACUCCUCGCCCAAAAACCAAGCCCAAGUCAUUAAAAGUCAGCACGGCUCUAAACCAAAAGACGUUGCUUCACCUCUUACUCCACCUCAGCAUCAGCCGCCAUCAGACGCUCCCUCCCAUCCCGAUCCGCCACCGGUGCUGCCGAAACCUGCGGUGAAAAAAGAAGCUCUGAGCAGUGGAGCCGUCUCAGGCAGGACCUCCAGCUGUGCACUCCAGGAGAGUGUGGUCAAGGUAUCCAAGGAAGGCCCCAAGUCUGAAGCUGUCAAACCGGACAGUCACAAGGGCCCCGAUACCAGAACCACCACCCCUGACAAACAGCUGUCCUCUAGCAAGAAGGAGCAGGCUGACAGGAAGAAAAAAGAAACUGUUCAAGAGGUCACGUCUGCACAGAAAAACACUAAAAGAGACGCGUCCAGAGCUGCUGCCCCCGACAGAGACGCUGGCAGAAAACAGCAGAAGGAGUCGCCACGUAGCUCUAGUAACAAAAAGUAGAGGGAAAAGAAAAUAGGGGCCGACUUUACGCUUCAGAGAAUCUAGAUGUUAGAAAAUGGUUUGUGCAAACAUUAUCAUGCCUUUUUUUUUUGUUUUGUUUGAGGACCGGGCAAGCUGUUACAUGCUGAUAGAGAGGUAGGGGUAUGUGCGUGUGCGUGUGUGUGUGGGUGUGUGUGUGUGUGUUUAAUAAGAUGACAUGACAACAUAUGUAGAUGUCUCAAGGUCUGAACGUAGGCAGUCAUUUGCUGACAAUUUCUGGUGUUUUUACUUUGACGUCAAGUUGAAUGUUUGGGCAUUUUGUUUCUGCUUUGUGCAAUCAGUAUGUCAGGGGCUAACAGGGAGGAGCCUUACAAAGGUUUGUGAUGUACUGUAGAGUCAGUGCCAUAAAUGAUUUUUGAAUUGCACUCUGAACUUCUAGACUCGGAGGACCUGAAGUCUUUUAAUGCAGUAGACCACACAGCAGUCGUAUCACGAUUGUUUCUGUUCCGUAUAAUCCAAUUCUUUUUAUGUUGGGUUUUUGUGCAGUGGUACACAGAGGGAAUGCACUAUGUCCUGUGCUUUUCACCUAAAACUUAAAUAAACAAAUACAGAAUCAUCUCACGGUUCUAGAAAUUAUAAAUUAGUGAAGGGGCCUUAGAAUUAAGGGAAAAAACAACUUGCUGUUCUUAGCAAGCUGUGGUGUUUAUUCACAUUCCUCUGACAUCUGUACAUAUAUUUUUGAUUUUUAUGCAAUAUGGUGUAAAUAUGAUAACACUGUAAAACUGGGAUUCAUGGGCUCACAUGAUUGUCGUUUGUAUUAUAUGUAUAGAUUUCAUUUGUAUGCUCAAUAUUAAGAGUAUCCGCUUGAUAACUCUGUGGUCUGAAGUAAGCUACCGUGAUGUAUCUCAUCAAAGGCAUCCUCUUCUUUCAACAUGUUUUCACAUGUUCCAAAAUAAACUUGACGAGAGAGAGAGAGGAAGGCAUACAGGGGGUAUUUGGGCUAUUUCUAAAAAAUGUAGCAUUAUACAGCAAAACUGUGAGGGUUGCCAGCAUUUCCCAAGAAUGUCUUUAUUGUCGAUGGUGUGUUUGCUGGCUGACUGUGGUUUAAAGAGAGAUGACUGUGUAAAAUAUGAAAUACUGUGUUUGAUUAAUGAGAUGAGUCUGAUAUUCUGUUUGCCAGUAAUUACUGCAGUAGGUGUCGGAAGGCUUUGGGUAUCAUCUCUGGUUGUGUCCACGUCUGUGCAGCGUGAUAUUAAAGGGAAACACUGGUAUUUUUCAACCUGGCCCCUAUUUUCCAGUGUUUUUGUGUCUAUGUGGUUAAUAAGGAUGACUUUUUUUAAUUGCUCCAGUAUUGAGACAAAAAAGGCUGCAGUUUAAUCUCACGCAGGAAAUUGUGCACUGGCAGUUGACGUCCUCUAAACUCUUCGAAGAGUCUUACAACAUGGGAAGGACCCUACAGGGAAAUAAAACGCCUUUUCUUACCUUUUGGCAGUUUGUUAUCGUGAUCCAGUCUUACUGAAUUACAAGUCUCCUUCUGAAAGGUGACUUGUUGCAGGAAAAACAAUGUUGAAAACAUUAGUGAGAGUUUGAGAGGGGACUGCCUGGAAGAGUUGGCUGUAUUGGAGUACAGAAAGCAUGGCUUAGUGUUAGCUAAAACAUUUUAGGUGUCAUGGCUGAAUAUUAAGCUGAUUUCGACAAAGUGAAAAAGGCCACAGAAGGAGAUUUCCCCUUUAGCGAGACUUGUUUACAAACAGACUGGUACCACAGAAGGUAAGGAAAACACUUAAUGUUUCGAAAGGGAUUCUCUCUAUAAUGUUAUCAGACACUUCUAACAACAGUGUGAGCCUGUCAGUGGCAUAAACAAACACUUUUAGUGGAUGUACAUUUACGGUGCACAAUUGCCCUUUGGAAUUGAAUUGCAGCCUGUUUUACUGCUGUGGUUGCAGUCCUCUCACUCUAUACUGGACCAUUUUCAAAAAUUGUUGUUCCCAUUAGUCACUUAGACAGUAGAAAAAUUGGGUCCAGGUUCAAAAAUAGAGAGAACAGUGUUUCCCUUUAAGAUCACGUGAGUGAGAUAAGGUUCCAAGUACAGAGAGAGCUUCAGCGUCAGGGUUUUUUUUAAAAAAGGAUUUCGAUGUCAGGUUUCGGUCUCAGUGUCGUUCAAGUCCUGUGUGAGUGUUUCGAUGUUUCAAAGGACUCUUCAUAAUGAGCAGCAGCUGGCUUAAAGCUUCACUGGGUAAACAUUUUUAUAUGAGAAACCCUGAUUAUUUACAUAGUUCAUGUCAACAACAUACAUUUGAUGUUAAAUACUUGGUACUUAAAAUAUAAGCUGUCAUAUAUCCGCAUUCACUUUCUGCAAUUUACUCACUCACACACACAAACACGUGUUUCUAUACUGUAGAUGCCUUUAAAUUGCAAACCCUAAAUGAGAACCAGAGAGUAGCCUAGGACACUAAGUAUGUAAUGCAGUAUUUGCUCUGUUGUGCUGGCUAUGUAAAAACAAUAAUCUUGUCUAUUACAUACACUCUUAUGUUGACGAGUCAAAGGUGACAGAAUAUAGUUUAUCUAAACGGCAUACUGUAUCUAAGAAUGAAACUGAAACACAUGAGAUUGAUUGCAGAGAUUAUAAUGUUAAAAAGAAUCUGAUGUUUAUUUGCAUUAGAUAUCGUUAAUGUAUUGCUAAUGU